AUGCUCAUAUUACGAUGGACGUUAAAACUUUUCAUUGCUAGUGGAUAUCAUCCGCCGCUCGCGUCAAAUUGUCCGAAGAAACGAUUUCUGUACAACAUUUACAUGGUUGUCGUAAUAUCGUUUAUAUGGACCUUCGUUGCAACGCUAAUUUUCGACGCUAUUUACAACGUGGGAAAUCAAAAUGAUCUGUGCGAAAAUAUCGGCGUAACUAUCACGACCUUCAUCACAAGCUUGAAAAUGCUUAACUUAGCCGUUAAACGAAAAACUAUCGAAAGCCUGUUGAACAUUCUCGAACAUGGGCCAUUCAUGCCAGUCGACGCGAAGGAUAAGAAAAUUUUCACGAAAUUCGAAAAACAAGUCGAAAAACUCACGAUCCUUUACACGGUACAAAUUAUGAGCUACGUGGCUUGCACCCUUGUUGUAACGGCGAUUAAUUUUAAAUAUCAAAAAUUACCGCAUCGCGUGUGGUUACCAUUCGACUGUACUUCCUCGUGGCUUUUAUAUUCUCUAAUCGUGCUUCAUCAGAUCAUCAGCAUAACGGUCACGUGUAUCGCUAUCAUUGUUUCCGACACUCUAUUUGCCGGACUGUUGCUUCAUAUUUGUUGUCAAUUCGAAUUGCUCGAGCAUCGUCUGAAGAAUAUCGAAGGGGACAAGAUAGGGAAGUUGAAACGCUGUGCUCGUCAUCACAAAUUAAUAUACAGUUACAGCAAAAAGGUGAACGAUUUGUUCAGCGCGAUAAUGUGUCUCCAAUUUGUAGCAAGUGCAAGCGGGAUGUGCUUCAACCUCUAUCGAAUGACGCAAGUCAAGGUAGGCUCUCAGACGAUAGAUGCUUUAAUAUACAUUCUCUGCGGGUUGGUUCAAUCGUUUUUCUUUUGUUGGCACGGCGACAUUGCGAAAUCCAAGAGCCUCGAGAUUCCUAAUAUAAUAUUUCACAGUAAUUGGCCAGUUAUGAGCAAGGACGCUAAAAGGAUUCUCUUGAUCAUUAUGACACGUUCGUUAAUACCUGUCCAAAUUACCAGUGCAUACGUUUUACCCAUGGACCUGGAAUCCUUCAAAGGUUUGAUAAAAGCAAUUUACUCGGCGUACAACAUGCUGCAACAAACAAAAUAA